AUGCCGGGCGUGGUUGAAACGCCCACCGCGACGGUGGCAGUCCCGGUGGAUCGAGAUUUCAGCGUUGCCAACCAGAAGGUUGAGUUAGAGAUUGACUUCCUUUCGAAGAGUAUCAAGGGAAAGACAGAGAUCACGAUUUUACCUCACAAAAAAGAGCUGACGGCAUUCCGAUUGAAUUUCCGACAAGGCGAGAUCAAACGAUCGACCGUGAACAAUGUUAUCGCUACGACCAAAUAUGCCGACCCUUACGAGAAUCUCAACCUUUACGGACCGCAAUAUCAUCAAAAACUCUUACCUAAUAUCGACGCGCUUUUGAAGACCCCCACAUACCCAGAGCUAGAAGUCACCAUUCCCAAAGGCGUCCGGAUAAGGGAGCUCAGCAAAGCUGAAGCUCAGGAACAAAUCACACUGCAGGGCAUAGGGAGCGAAGUAGAUGGACCAUCAGGAGGCAGACCACUCGAAGUGAACCGCACGCAGUUCAAGGAGUUGACCGUGACUAUCGAGUUCAUCAUUGAGAAAAUUCGGGAUGGUCUCCAAUUUGUUGGUAUUGAUAGCGGGGACCGUCGGUAUCCGCACGCAUACACGACGAACUCGCUAGAAACAGGAGUCGGUUGCCCUUUAUUCCCAUGUGUGGAUGACCCUCUGUCCCGAUGUACUUGGGACGUCUCCAUUUCAUGCCCCGCCUCACUUGGCGAUGUGUUCAACCGCAAAACAGGUUCAAAUUCAACCACGCCUUCUCGAUCACGUAAUCCAAACCGACCUCUUUCCGCCGACGAUGAAGGACUGGACAUGUCGGUUGUUUGCUCGGGGGAAUUGACUGAUGAUAUCGUGGACCCGAAGGACCCUACCAGAAAGACAGUUUCAUUCUCCUGCUUCUGGCCUCUGUCGGCACAGCAGAUUGGCUUCGCGGUUGGCCCCUUUGAAUAUGUGAAUCUGGCAGACUUCCGUGAAAGUGAUCAAGAUGAGCAACUCGGUACAAACGCCAUUCCUGUGCACGCUUUCUGCUUGCCAGGAAGGGGCUCCGAAGUCGAAAACACCAGCUUCCCCAUGGCCCAAGCUAUUGAUUUCUUCUCGUUGUCUUAUGGAUCGUAUCCAUUUUCGAGCUACAAGCUAUGUUUUGUGGAUGAUGUCCCCACGGAAACGCUUCCCGUGGCGUGCAUGGCGAUCUGCAGCAGUCACCUAUUAUUCCCGGAGACGAUCAUUGACCCAAUGUACGAUUGCACCCGAGCUUUGGUGCAUACAUUGGCUUGCCAGUGGACCGGCAUCAACAUCGUUCCCAAUGAGCCGGCUGAUACCUGGGUCACUGUUGGUAUAGCGUGGUAUAUCACAGACACAUUCAUGAAAAAGCUGUGCGGCACCAACGAAUACCGAUUCCGACUGAAACAGAUGUCUGAUAAGACGUGCGAAUUAGACUAUGAGCGUCCGUCUAUAUACGAUAUGGGAACCUUCCUCAAGAUCGACGCCUCCGAGUAUCGUUUCAUCGCUUUAAAGGCGCCGUUGGUCCUGUUCAUCCUUGAUCGCCGUCUCACCAAGGCAAGUGGUAAGGCCACUAUGUCUCGGAUUAUCUCUCGUCUUUUUCUCAACUCGCGCAUGGGUGACAUCCCCAAUGGUGCGGUGACUUCUUCUCUAUUCCAAAAGCUUUGUGAGCGACUCGGCCACUCCAAGUUGGACGUCUUUUUCCAGCAGUGGAUUUAUGGUGCCGGAUGCCCACGCUUCCAAGCCACACAGCGAUUCAACAAGAAAAAGCUUGUUGUUGAAAUGAUGAUCAGACAAGUUCAAGUUCAACCAGAUCAAACGGUCGCGCGGGAUCUGGACGAAAAUGCUUUCCUCCGGGAUUUGAAGGAGGAAGUCCGGCAUGUCUAUGCCGGUCACCCCCAGCCGGUCUUCACUGGUUCCAUGACUCUGCGUAUCCACGAGGCUGAUGGUACACCAUACGAGCAUAUUGUUGAGAUCAAAGAGGGUGUAACAAAGUUCGACAUCCCCUACAACACAAAAUAUAAGCGUCUCAAGCGAAACAAGAAACAAAGAGAACGCGCUGUGGCAUCAGGUGAAGCGGAGGCCCAAGAAGAAGUGCUCCUCUAUUGUCUGGGCGAUGUCUUACAAACCGAAGAGGAGAUAGAGGCCUGGCGCCUCACCGAUUGGACAAAAGAGGACGAAGAGAGAAUGGGUCAAGAGUCCUACGAGUGGAUUCGCAUGGAUGCUGAUUUCGAAUGGAUUUGCAAGUUGUCCCUGGGCAUGCCUGGUUACAUGUAUCUGUCGCAACUGCAACAAGAUAGGGAUGUUGUCGCGCAGUUGGAGUCUCUACAGUACAUGGCAGCCCAACGCGAGCACAAGUUGAUAUCGUCGAUUUUUGCUCGCACACUCAUGGAUAGUCGUUACUUCCAUGGGAUCCGAGUGACAGCCGCGAGGUCGUUAAUAAGGCACGCCAAGGAUGACGUGGAUUGGAUUGGUCUCUAUCAUCUUGAAACUGCAUUCCAAGAGCUUUUCUGUCUGCCGGGGUCCCCGAUGACUCGUUCUAACAAUUUUGAGGAUCGGGCUGCAUACAUUCUGCAACAAGAAAUUCCCGAGGCCAUCUCCAAGGUACGCGAUAACAGCGGGAAGACUCCUCUAAGAGUGAAGCGCUUUUUGUUCGACAAGCUUAAAUUCAACGAUAACUCGAACAAUGCCUUUUCGGAUAACUUCUACGUUGCUUCCCUAAUGCGCUCACUGUGCCACGCCAUGCUGGGACGAAACGAAGCGCGUUCGGACGAGGAGCUAGCCCAUUUCGAUAUGGAGCGUGUCUUGGAAAACCAAGCCGAAGAGCAGUUAGAAAAAGACACGAUAGCAGAGUUCGACCGCUACAGACGCAUGGAUGAGUGGUCUAGCUCAUUCCAAAAUAUAUACUCUCGUGCUGCCCUGCAGUGCCAGAUGCAGCUCAUGAAAGCCAAAAUCCAGGAGGUGGACAUUAUGCGCUUCAUUCCCUAUACACGAGCCGGCACAUAUGACCUUCUUCGGUUACAAGCAUUCGAAUGUCUAGUCGAUUUGGACAUCUCCCAAAAGCAAGAGCUCCUUCGCUGGCUUAUCUAUACAAUGACAAGUGACUCCUCAGCUUACGUCCGCCAUCACAGCCAGAGGAUAUUUGGCCGUGCCUUGGCUCAAAUCGCCUUCGGUCGGCCCCAAGAGCCAGAGAAUACUCAGACAGGCGGCGGUCUGAUCAUCGAACAAGAAUCAUCGACCGAGAUCCGCCAAGCCGAUCUUGCCCGCCGACAAACCGUCUCCGGUGCCCUCGAAGCCCUAAAAAAGGAAAUCGGCCAAGACCCAUCCAUGAAAGAAUACAUGUGGGCAGCAUGCAAUUCCCCGGUCCUCGGCAUCCUGGAAAUCGCAGAGCUAGUUGACAUCUGCCGCGUCCUUUUCGACCCGGUCAAAACCAAGAUGGCUCAAAUCCCACUUCCGCGCUACUGGAAGGUCGAGAAUCUAGGCAACGGAAAGCUGAAGUUCAGUCGAUCCAGCCGUGUCCGCACAAGUCUCGUACCCCCCAAGGACUCCAAGCGCAAGCGCGAAGAGAACGGCAUGCCCCCUCCCGCCCCGCGCAUUACCUUCAAGCAAGUCAAAAAGGAAAACGGUCCCGGGCCCAGCCCCAGCACGCCCUCCUCUAUGGGCCUUGCGAAGCUCCACAUUCCCAAGCCCGUGCCCAGUACACCCAGCGCGGGCGCCGGGGCGGGCACAGGCACAGGCACGCCGAAAAUCAGUACACCCGUCGCGACAACGCCCUCGACACCGGCGAGUGGAGGCGGACUAAAGCUGAAGCUGAAAUUCGGGCCAAAGCCCAAAUAA